UUGACUUCCAUUAUUACUGCAUUUAGUGAAGGAAAAAAUGGCCUUCAAGCUUAUUACUGGAACACAUUUUGGGGCCCACAAGAUAUGGUUCUCUCUAUUCAAAAUCUCCCUUCAAUGAAGCAAAAACAAAUUAUUAGUAAACGGAAACCUGCAACUGAUAAUAGCACUGCUGAACCAUUAUCUUUAGAAGAGGAUUUUGAUAUUAUUACCAUGGAGCUUUUUGUUUCAGAUUCUGCAGACUAUGAUAUGACACUGAAAUCAGUGGCCUUUGACCUCUACGCAAAGCCUGGUAAUAAUAGGACAUUAACACUGAUGAAUCCUAAGAAAUCUUUUUAUCAGUGGAGGCUGCGAGUUCCAUCCGACUAUGUGGUGAGACUGGUCAUUGUUCCCUUGCAUGGUGUGACUCCUGGGAGUUGCACAACUCACAGGCUGUCUGCAUAUGACUUCCUUCUUCCUCUGCAGAACAAGAUCAUUACAAGAUGGUGUGGACUGUCUGGGGCCUGGACUUCCCCAGUUGUACGCUUAACUUCAUCAAGUAAUGUAAUGCUGGUCACGUUUUCACUGGACCGAAGAAAAGAGAACAAUAUAUUGAAAGCGUAUUUCCAAGCAGUUCCUAAAAUUGUAUGUGGUGGCCGGUUUAUUUCUUGGAAUGGAACUGUUAUUUCUCCUUACUAUCCAAGUUACUAUCCACCUAAUAUUGACUGCCACUGGAUUAUCAGGGCACCACUACCUGGAUAUAGAUUGUUGCUAAAAAUUCUUGUAAUACAAGUUCAGGAACAGUCCCCUGGAUCCAAUAAAUGUGAUAAAGAUUGGCUGGAAAUUGAUGGAACUAGAUAUUGUAAACCUAUUGCAGAAGGCAACAGAGUCAAGGAAUAUGGCUUUUCAGUUUCCGUCAGUUUCCAUUCAGAUGAACUGGUCACACAGAGGGGUUUUUAUAUUGAAUUCAGAGCUUUCAGCCACACGGACCCUUGUCCUAGGCAAUUCAAAUGUUCUGACAGAACAUGCAUCCCUUUAAACAAUAAGUGUGAUGGGUGGAAAGAUUGCGCAGAUGGAAGUGAUGAGGUAAACUGUGGUUGUAAUCCAAUGGAAUCUAAUUGUGGUACUGGGAAGUGUAAACCCCAUUCCAAGUCUUGCAAAGGAGACGACAGCUGUGAGAAUGAUAGUGAUGAGGAAGAAGACAAUUGCUCAUAUAAACGUUGCUCACAACAUGCAUACAAAUGCCUGAAUGGGAAGUGUCCAGUAAAGCCAAACCCAGAAUGUGAUGGAAUAAGAGACUGUGCAGAUGGAUCUGAUGAAAUGAAUUGUGCAUGUGGAAGGAGUCAGGUAAAAAGACCCAGAAUUGUUGGUGGUGAAGAUGCGAGGUAUGGAAAGUGGCCUUGGCAAGCAAGCUUGCAGCUGAAAACAUAUGGCCAUGUAUGUGGUGCUUCUAUUAUUUCAAAUUCUUGGUUGGUAUCUGCUGCCCAUUGCUUUCAGGACUCUGAUUCUAUAAGAUACUCUGCAGCAUCCGGUUGGACAGCAUUUAUGGGUAUAAGGAUAAUUAACAAAAACAGUGAUAAUCCUGUAGCAAUGAGAUCGAUUAAACGGAUUAUUGUCCAUCCACGUUAUGACCAAUAUAUCUCAGACUAUGACAUUGCCCUGUUGGAAAUGGAGUCACCAGUAUUCUUCAAUGAGCUGGUGAGCUUGCAAAAACACUCCAAGAAGCUAAGGUGAAAAUAAUUGAUCAAAGUGUAUGUAAGAAGCUUUAUGAUGAUGUGAUUACAUCUCGGAUGCUAUGUGCUGGGAACCUUAAUGGUGGU